AUGCCGCAGCAGGGAACUCGCGAUGCUACCCAUGCGGGUAGCUGGUACGAGGGCAGACCCGACGUCUUGUCACGCCAGCUUGACGGGUUUCUCGAAAAGGUGCCCGCGACAGUAGACGGCAAACAAUUACCCAUCCCCAAGUCCAGAGUCAUCAUAGCCCCCCACGCAGGCUACUCCUACUCUGGCCCCUGCGCCGCCUGGGCCUACAAAUCUCUCGACCUCUCUUCCGCAAAGCGCAUAUUUGUUCUUGGGCCUUCUCACACGUACUAUCUGAAGGGUUGCGCAUUAACGACCUUUGCCAGCUAUGAGACACCCUUCGGCAACCUGGCAGUGGACACCGAGGUGGUUGAGGCUUUGCGGGAGACAGGCAAGUUUAGCGACAUCCCUGCGUCGAGUGACGAGGACGAGCACAGCCUGGAGAUGCACUUGCCGUACAUAUGGAAGAGGCUGGAGCAGACACAUGGCGACGCCAGCCCGGACGGGUUUCCGCCCAUUGUGCCAAUCCUGAUCGGCGACAACAACGGUGCCAAGGAGAAGGAAUUUGGUCAGUUGCUCGCCAAGUACCUCCAAGACCCAAGCAACGCGUUUGUAGUGUCUUCUGACUUCUGCCACUGGGGCUCACGCUUCUCAUACACGGCCUACGUCCCGUCCGCGGACAGGAUAGACCAGCUGAGGGUGCUUUCAAGGAGAGCAGCGGAUACCGAGACGCCCAUCCAUGAGGGGAUCAAGAUCCUGGAUGAGCUGGCCAUGGAAGCGGUUGCCUCGGGGAAACAUGACAGCUUUGUGGAGAACCUAAGGAUCACCAAGAACACGGUGUGCGGUCGUCACCCCAUCGGCGUGACAAUGGCGGCCUUGGAAGCAGUUGGAGCUGGGCCUUUCCGGCUUCUGCGAUACGAGAGGAGUAGUCUGGUGGAGAGGCUGGAAGAUUCGAGUGUCAGUUAUGCAUCGUUCUAUGCCGUUGCGUGA